GAGAGAUCUAAAUAAAGUCAGUAGAUUCAUUGAGAGACAGAGAGAGGCUGGAUAAAUGGGAAUCAGCCCUGUUAACCAAUGAGUUUAAAGAGUGAAGCAGAUGUCAUUAGGCUGAGAAGUACCACCUCCAGAAGCUCCAGCAUCCCCUCAGUAAAAAAGAGUGCAAUGAGAGAGCAGCGCUUACAGAGCUGCAGCUGCCUUUUACUAACUGGCUACUUAUUGAUGAUAUUAACAACAGACAGCUAAUAUACAGUUUCAGUAGUUUUGGGACGGUCCCUGGAGGAAUUUCAUUCAGUGAAUUCUUGACCUAGCAAUUGCCACAGGUUUAUCUCUGCCUGCCGUCGGGGAUGAUUUGACAGACACAUCUUUCAAGCCAUGAUCUUCCAGGGGGUUGUCACAGAGAAUUAGUUGCUGGAUGAUGCGUCUGAAGGAAGACAAGUCUGCGUUUAGCAACGAAGAGUGUCAGAUAUCUUAUCAGAAGGGUCGCUGUAAGGGAGUGACAAUUUGUACAUUUUCUGGUUUGUACAAGUGAUGACUGCCUGACUUCCAAUUCAGGAAUAAGAAAGGAUAGAGACCCAAUUGUCUGGACUAUGAUUCUGCGUGAUGAGUUUGGCCUAGUUGCCGGGACAUGGCAGAGUCAGAGUUAUCUACUUCUGUUUAUGUCUCUUCUGGCAAUACACACCCAAGCAGAUUUGCAGGCCCCAAAAGAUAAACACUCCUGGAAAACAGGGCAGUGGGGUAGAUGUAUGGGUGAAGACUGUGGACCAGGAGGGGUUCAGACGAGAACUGUGUGGUGUGUCCAUUCAGAGGGCUGGACAACACACCAUUCCAACUGCAAACACACUGGCAAACCUGAAAGCCAGAGGCAGUGCUUCAAAGUGUGUGAAUGGCACCAGGAACUCUUUGAGUGGGAAGUGUCCGAGUGGAGGUCAUGCAUUCUGGUUCCUUAUUCUUCCAAUGACCAAAAACUAAGGACUUCAAAGUGUGUGACUGCGCAGCAUGGAAUACAGCAAAGGAAAGCUCAUUGCAUUCGAAAGACCAACAGGACAGUGGUGACAGACGAGAUCUGUGAGUUUUUUACACCAAGACCGACCAUCGAGCAAGCCUGUCUCAUUCCUUGCCCCCAUGACUGUGUGGUGUCGGAGUUCUCACCAUGGUCUGCUUGCAGCAAGAGCUGUGGGACAGGAUUACAGCACAGGACACGGGCAGUACUGGCCUCUCCAAUGUAUGGGGGUUCAAACUGUCCUAACCUGACAGAAACCAGGACUUGUAAUCAUCAUCUUUCUUGUUCUUUUGGGGAGGAUGAGUACAAAUACAGCCUUAAAGUUGGGCCUUGGAGUGAGUGUAGGCUACCCCAUCAGAAAGAGAUUUUACUAAGUGGAAGAACAAUGCUGGAUUUUAGUACUGAGUCUGCAGAGAAGAAUAAUGUUAAGCCACAAGUCCUGAAUCACCACCAUCAUCGGCGUUAUCACCAAUCAAAGUCAUGGGACAUAGAGAUUGGCUACCAAACUCGACAGGUUAGGUGUACAAGAAGUGAUGGAAGGAAUGCAAUGCUAAGCCUUUGUACUCAAGACAGUGCCCCUGUGACCUUUGAGUCCUGUAUCCUGCCCAGGGACUGUGAAACCUCAGACUGGUCUCCAUGGAGCCCCUGUUCCAAGACUUGUCGGUCAAUGGACUUGUCUCCAGGGUACAGAACCAGGACCCGGAGUUUAAAGCAGAUCCCAGCUGGAGGCAGAGAAGACUGCCCUGCUCUGGAGGAGAAGGAAGCUUGUAAUAUUGGUGGGGAUCUACUGCCACAAUGCCCCAGGUAUGUGUGGAAGACCACUGAGUGGGGUGAAUGCCAGGUUACUCCCCUUCUCAGCCAGCAAGACUGUCGUCAGAGCAACCAUUCUGUGCUAUGUGGAGGAGGGACACAGAGGAGGGAAGCAUACUGUGUGCAGAGCCCAGAUGAUGCAAUUUCACACAAAGGUAAAGAAGUGUCUAGACCUGCUAAUGGGAGGCUAUGUCCUGGACCAAUGCCUUUGGUAGCUCAGUUGUGCUCCACACCCUGCCCAGAAGAGUGCUUAGUCUUUGCCUGGUCUUCUUGGGGACCAUGCACAUAUGAAAACUGCAAAGAUCCGCAAGGGAGGAAAGGUUUUAGACUACGAAGACGUCAAGUGAUCCAAGAGCCUACUGGCACCUCCGACAGUUGCCCCCAUCUUGUGGAAACUAUUCCAUGUGAAGAACCAACUUGCUAUGAGUGGCAUGUGACUGAGGAGUCAAUCUGCAUUCCUAUUAAAGGAACAUGUGGAUAUGGAACUCGCACUCUGAAACUUGUGUGUAAGAACAAUCAAGGUGAAGACGUUUCUGAUGAUCAGUGUAUGGACGACCCUCCUCCCUCUCGACUGCCUUGUGAGGUGCCAUGCCCUAUGGACUGUGUGCUCAGUUAUUGGUCAGCCUGGGGAGGGUGUUCCCAAUCGUGUUCCAGUAAAAAUGCGGAAGGAAAACAGAGCAGAGUGAGAUUGAUCCUUGCGCUGCCUGGAGAAGGUGGAAAGCCGUGCCCUCCAGCUUCAGCCUUAGAGGAAUGGAGACUUUGUAAUGACCAUCCCUGCACUGUAUUUUUUUGGGAAGUUUCUCCAUGGGCCUCUUGUAUUGAAGACACCUCCAUGACAACUCUCAAUGCUACCAGCAGCUGGAAUGGAAAACCCACCUGUGCCAUCGGAAUUCAGAUCCGCAAAGUCAUCUGCAUGAAAGUCAAUGUUGGACAGGUUAUCUCAAAAAGGUGUCCAGAUUCUACUCGGCCAGAUCCAAUUCGCCCUUGUUUGCUACCUUGCAAGAAAGACUGCAUGGUCACCCCUUUUAGUGAGUGGACACCUUGUCCUACAACUUGUCAACCAGCUGACGAAACUACAACUAAACAGUCCCGCUAUAGGAUUAUCAUCCAGAAUUCUGCUCAUGGGGGCCACGAAUGUCCAGACACCCUUUAUGAAGAGAGAGAGUGUGAAGCUCUUCCGAUAUGUCCAACUUACAGAUGGAAGCCCCAUAAGUGGCACCAGUGUACAAUUGUACCAGAUUCUGUCAGACUAGGCAUUAUAGGUGCUGGGGAGGCAUGUGGACAAGGCUUAGUGACAAGAGUUGUAACAUGCCUUAGAGACGAUGAUGAGACAGCAGACAUGACUGAGUGCCUUCAGAGGGCUGGUCCCAUGCCCUCCAUGGUAGAGAGGUGCAAGGUCCCCUGCAAAGAUGACUGCACGUUCACCACCUGGUCUAAGUUUACUCCAUGUACAGGGUGUGGAGUCACACGCAGCAGAAAACGAUCUCUUACAGGGAGAAGUAAAAAAAGAGAAAAAUGCCAGAACACCGAUCUCUAUCCACAAGUUGAGAUGGAGCCCUGUCCUUGUGAUGAAUAUGUCUCUCAGCCUUAUGGGAACUGGUCUGACUGUAUUCUUCCUGAAGGCACAGUGGAACGACAACUGGGAAUGAGGGUCCAGGGAGAUAGUAAUGAGUGUGGGCCGGGUGUGCGCUACAGAGCCAGUACAUGCUCAGACCCGGAUGGCAGACUUGUUGACCCGUCUCUUUGUAGCAGUUCAGGUUACAUCGAGGAGAGCUGUGCAAUUCCCUGUCCAUUUGACUGCAAGCUGAGUGAAUGGUCAAGCUGGUCAACAUGCAGUUCCCCAUGUGGGAGUGGGGUAAAGGUCAGGUCCAAGUGGCUGCGCGAGAAGCCUUUUAAUGGAGGCCGACCCUGCCCAAAGCUGGACCUCAAGAAUCAGGUGUAUGAGGCAGUCCCGUGUUACAGCGAAUGCAAUCAGUAUCUCUGGGUGACAGAUCCCUGGUCUGCAUGCACAGUCAAUGGUGUAGACAAAACUCUGGAUUGUGGAGAAGGAGUGCAGAGUAGAAAAGUCAAGUGUGUAAAUAACACUGCUGAUUUUCCUGGGGAGAUUGUGGAUAACACACUGUGUGAUCAGGAAGAAAUGCCUUUUGAGGCUCAGAUCUGUUUUCGCCCAUGCCCAGGUGACUGUGUGAUGUCCCAGUGGGGAGAGUGGAGUAUAUGUCCACAACCGUGUGACCCAAAAGGUGUUCGGCAAAGGACAAGGCAUCCUCUAAGGCUCCCGACAGCUGACAACACCUGCUCUGAAGACUCUCAAAAUCAGUCCUGUGUUCUCAACACAAACUGCUUCACCUAUCAAUACAAUGUCACAGACUGGAGCACUUGUCAGUUAAGUGAUAAUGCUGUGUGUGGACAGGGAACCCGAGUUCGCCUUUUAGACUGUGUCAGAAGUGAUGGGAAGCCAGUUGAGUUGAGAUACUGCAAGCAGAUGGAUUUGGAGAAGAAGUGGAAACUGACCAUUCACUGCCUUGUUGAAUGCCCUGUUAACUGCCAGCUGUCUCAGUGGUCACCUUGGACUGAAUGCUCCUACUCAUGUGGGCUCCAAGGUCAGAUGAUGCGCUCCCGAAGUAUAACCCAGCAGGCUCGUGGAGAGGGAAGGCCCUGUCCAGCUCACCUUGCUGAGGCCCGACAGUGCCCAGUAAAGCCUUGCUACAAAUGGAUGCUUGGAGAAUGGUCACAAUGUCAAGUGGAGGGAGCGCAGUGUGGAGAGGGGCUUAGAGUGAGGAAUCUUGCAUGUGUGGUUCACAGUGGUUCAUUUUCUGACUCUGUUUCUGCCAAACAAGUGGAGGAGGAGAUGUGUGAGGCCAAGUUAAUGAAAGCCAAAGGACAUGAAUUACAGCAACCUUGUUCUGUACCCUGCCCAGGUGACUGUCACUUGACAGAGUGGUCCUCAUGGAGCUCCUGUCAGCUGACCUGUCUAGAAGGGAGAAGUUUUGAGACUACAGGUCGUCAGGCACGCUCUCGAGCUGUGGUCAUCCAGGCCAUUGAAAACCAAGACAGUUGUCCUCAACAAGUCUUUCAAACACAAACUUGUAAAGAAGGAAAAUGCCUUAGCUAUGAGUGGAGGACAAGUCCUUGGACAGACAAUGAACGCCGUGUGUGGUGUCAACGUUCAGAUGGGGUUAACGUCACAGGAGGGUGCUUUUUGGAGAACCGGCCAUCAACCAUCAGACAUUGCCACCCCCCCUGCACAAAACCCUUCUCCCACUGUACUCAGAGCGGAGUCUGUGGAUGUGAUAAAGGAUAUGUUGAAGUAAUGACUGCCUACGGGUUCCUGGAUUACUGCACAAAAAUUCCUGGACCGGACAACAAGAAAGCUGAUGUGAAAACCAGCGCUGGAAAAUUAAAACCAGGGACUUCCACGAUACAGGACUUUUUAAAAGGAUGGUCUAUUCAACCUUUUGGGCCCGAUGGUAGAGUAAAGAUCUGGGUCUAUGGUGUGACUGCUGGUGGAUUUCUCCUUAUUAUAUUAAUCACUGCAAUGUCUUUUUUGGUUUGCAAAAAGCCAAAGCAGAAUAAAAGUGCACCUCCUCAACAGAAACCUCUGUCUUUAGCCUAUGAUGGAGAUGUGGACAUGUAACUCCAUUAAUCAGCCCCAUAACUGGGGCAUCCAGAACCUACAGCCCAAGUUCCAAACGACAGAAACCAACACCUACACUAUAGGGGGACAUGACCAAAAGAAACAGAUACAGAGAUCUCACAAUGACAAGAAAAGAUAAAAAGAGAUUUCUGCAGACGUCUGAACAGUUUUUCUUUUUGCUAUAAAGACUUCACUGGAAGAUUGUAUCUCAUGUCAUCCACUGAAUGAAGACUGGCUAGUUUUAUAAGUACUUUUGAGAUGUGAGUAAUGUUUGUAUACAAAACCACAAAGAGGAAGAGCUACUGCUGACGUACAGUCAAAUAGGAGCAUAUUAACCUAAAUGAUAUUCCUCAACACAGAUGGAAUAACUUAACCCUUUGAUUUUGAUAAGUGAACAUACGGUAGUGAAAAUUUGUUAAAAAAAAAAGAAAGAAAGUACAUCUUCUGCCAAUGGCUCUGUGUAUUUAUGGCACUGGAAUAUAAAAACCAUGAUCUGAGUUGUAUUCUACCUUGCUUAUUGGACAAUGAAAAAGCAAAUUAAUGUCAUUAUGCACUAUAUUAGUGCUGAAUCCUUUUUUUCAAACAGAACAGUUUUCUAGUGUUUACAUUGUCAAUACAAAGGAUUUUGCUGUGAUGUGUUUUUUUUUUUAAAUGAUAACAUUUUGGGAUGUACCCAUACCACUCAUUGUUACCCUUGACAAACUUCUUCUCUAAUGGUGAAGGACAACUACUGAAGAAAGGUCUACAAGCCUGCCUAGCCAGCACGGAUGGGUGAAGCUUACUGCAUUCUAAAAACCACUAAAAACCUGACAUUCAGAUGUGAUUUGUUCGGUAGUAAAUGCUCUAGGAACAUCCACCAUGGAAUUGCAUUUGUUGUGUACCAGAAGUAGCUACCCUGAAAGGUAAAGGUAGAAUUAUAAUUUUAGGUUAAGAUUAGAUGAACCUGGAAGUGUGGAUGUCCCUGGAACAUUUGACAAUGAAAGAGCCAACAGAGACCCUGAUUAACACUAAUCUUGGACUACCUAAUGUUAUAUUAGGUAAAAUAAUCCAAGAUUAGUACUACCCAGGGUCUGUGAAACCAGCCAUUAGUGUUCAAUUCAUGCAUUUGACCAUCAAGACACAGUACAGCUUUAGUUUAAGGUUCUGGUAUAAACAAUCAGUAAUCUAUAAAGGAAGAAAUAAAUAACAUUAGACAGUUACAACUCAUAACAGGCUUUGGCAACACAUGGUUUGAUAUAAGAACAUUUCAUUUAAUACAACGAUUCCUUGUUAAUAAUCAUCAACCCACUUAUGUACACAUUUUAUUAUUGAUCCUUAAAAUAGUGUGAACAAAUAUUGUUGGUUAGAAUUGAAUUAAUUAAAAUAAUAACUUAUUGACCCAAUUUACUUUUCUGCUCUUCAGUGAAGAAUUGUUAUUGCAAGUCAGCAUACAGGCACAUUUGACAUAUGUGAGGCCCACAAUACACCAGCCUAUAUUUCAGUCUAUUGAUGAAAUUCUAGAUUUGUCAACUAAAUGUACAUGAGAAAUGUUACCUAGAUAAAAAAUUAACAAACCAACUGUUUUUUUGUUUUUUUUUAAAGGCCUAGCUCUAUAUAAUUGUCCUCUUAAUAGUAUUUGUCGGUGGUUUGUUUGUCAAGGCCCUGUGGUCUCUGUCAUUCUAGGGGUAUUUCACAAUAACUGUUACCUUUCUGAUUCGUUUUCUAAGAUGGUGUUAGGGACACAUUAAAAAAAUUCUGAUACACUGAUUCUAUAAAACGAUGCAGUAACAAUAUGGUCAUAAAAAAUGCCCUGUCCAUGAUACAAUUUGUAAUGUCCUGCUAAAAGAUGUUUAUCUUGACCAGUCUCCACCAUAACCUUUUCUUUUAUUCCUUUUUUGGGAUUUUAAGAUUUAAUCUGUAUAAUUCACCGUUAACUGACCAGUAAAAAGUUGUGUUUUACAACAGAAAAUAACACAUAAACACAUUUAAAAAAUAAGCCACAGAUUGGAUCUAUAGUUGAAUGGCCAAAUGUUAAAACAUCCUCAUUAUUUUUAGUUUUAUUUAAAACCAUGGUCCAUAUUUUUAAAAGUCUUUAUGUCAACUUACAUCAAACUAAGUUUAACUUAGGACUCAAAAGUGUGCAUUGGUUGAUUUGUUUACAAUCAAUUUGAUUUUCCUUUCAUAAAAAGGUGUGCAAAGUUUGUGUAAUACUGUACCUUCAUUUUUGGACACAGAGUGCAACGUAAAUCCUUCCAAAAGUUUGAAUGUAAUUCACAUUGUUUAUCAACUCAAACUUUAAAAAAUACAGUGACAGUAUUUUUUAUACAUCUAAUGUAAAUUGUAUGUAUGUAAUAGCAUGUUAUAAAGAGUCUAAUACCGUAGCAUUAUCAACCCAUGCAAAAAGCAGCCUUGCAGUUAUGUGGUUUUAAUCUCUUAUAACAUGUUAUUUUGUAUUAUUGUAUGUAAUAAAAUAUUUCAUUCAGA